AUGGCGGCCCACGGCUAUGGCAACAAUCCCCCUACCUAUGAACAGUCCUAUCCUCCAACAGACCCCGUCGACCGCGUCUCCCCCUCACCAUCGAAUGCCCACGGCUACAAAGGCCCCAACGCACACCCCUAUACAACCACCGACUAUGAUCCGCACGAGCUCCGACACAGUCAACAAUCGAUCGGCUCCGAUCAGGGGGCACCCUAUGUUGCAGGAGGACGGUUCAACGAGGCGGAUCAGUAUUCGGACAAUAUCCCAUUAAAAGCGAAUGCCCAGUACUCGAACGGACCUCCGCCGCCAGGAUGGAUGCAACAGCCGACACGCUACCCUCCGUCGCCGGAAGCGAUGGAAGCUGCAGGGCCUCCCGGGCGCCCUGUGAGGCAGAAGAAGGGGUUCUGGAAGAAGAAGAUCGCCUGGGUGACAUAUACCUUGACGGUUGCCCAGAUCAUUGUCUUUAUCGUUGAGUUGGUGAAGAAUGCUCAGCUUACAGGUUCGCCGAUCGAGCUGCACCCCCAAUUCAACCCGAUGAUCGGCCCCUCGCCGUACGUACAGAUUAAUAUGGGAGCGCGCUACACGCCGUGCAUGAAGAACGUGGACAAGAUUCAGAAUUCGCCCGUGGAGUUCAUGUUCCCCUGUCCGAAUGCUACAUCCACCACCGACUUUGUCUGCUCUUUGUCGGAGCUGUGCGGCUUCAAUGGAGUCCCGAACCCGGUCCCCAAGGGCCACCUCACCGAUCGCCCGAUGCCAAACCAGUGGUUCCGCUUCAUCAUCCCCAUGUUCCUCCACACCGGGAUCAUCCACAUUGGGUUCAACUUGCUGGUCCAGAUGACCAUGGGGGCCGACAUGGAACGGACAGUCGGAUGGUGGCGGUACGCCUUUGUGUACCUGGCGAGCGGUAUCUGGGGUUUCGUGCUUGGAGGCAACUACGCGGCUCAGGGAGAGAGCUCGUGCGGCUGCUCGGGCAGUCUUUUCGGUAUCCUGGCCCUCUAUAUCUUGGAUCUGCUUUACACCUGGAAUGAGCGGGCCAGCCCGUUGACCGAAUUAAUCAUCAUGGUAAUCGGCAUUGGCAUCUCUUUCGUGCUGGGGCUACUUCCGGGCUUGGAUAACUUUUCUCAUAUCGGAGGCUUCGUCAUGGGCUUGGCCUCGGGUCUCUGCAUCAUGCGCUCUCCCAAUGCCCUUCGCGAGCGCAUCGGUCUUGCCCGCAAUCCAUAUGUGGCCAUGACCGGCGGCGCUGGGGCCAGCACCGAGCCGGAGAACAGCAAGAUCGCCGACCCGGGCUCGAGCAUUACUGACUUCUUCAAGGGCCGCAAGGGUCCCAAGUCGGCCGAGGUGACUGGCCCGUUGUCCUUCUUCAAGGGUCGGAAGCCUCUGUGGUGGGCAUGGUGGUUGGUGCGAUUGGGAGCGCUGGUCGCAGUCCUCAUCGGCUUCAUCUUGCUGAUUGUGGACUUUUACAAAUAUUACACCUCGAACUGCUCAUGGUGCUAUAGGCUGAGCUGUCUGCCGGUCAACGAUUGGUGCCAACAGGGUGAGAUUACGACUAUCAACGUGACAACAACGACCGGAGGAUCAUCGCAUCAUUAA